AUGGAAAUUGCACCGAUCAUUACAAAGUACGGACCAGCUAGUCUGUUUUUGAAGAAAGGAAGUACAGGUUAUCUAAAUUGUACUCUAUCACCUUUGACAUCCACUGCUACAGUAAAAUGGACAAAAGAUCAGGUGGAAAUAAAUAUAGCUAACGAUCCUCGCUUUGCAACAAAUAAAUUCAAUGAUUUGAUCAUACUCAACGCUCAAUCAGGUGCUCAAAGUUCGGAAGGAAAUUAUAGAUGCUCAGCCACUAAUUCUGUCAACACCACUACAAAUGAAUAUGACUUGGUUGUAAAAGUGACAGUGCUGGAAAGGGAAUUUCUAUACGCGCCCAGAGAUACAUUCUUCUAUGAUAUUGAUGGAAAAAGAUUGGCCUGGACAAACUGUCAACCACCAAUCGCAGUUCCACUAGCAAAAGUAACUUUCAUUAAUGGAUCGAGUGGCUUAGCUGUUACCAGUCAAACUGAUGCAAGAGUUGAAAUUAGAGAGAUUUCCCGAGAAGGAUCACCUUUUUACCAGUUGCUGAUACAAGACGCUACAAAGUAUGAUGUGGGUACAUGGCAAUGUAGAGCAAAAAAUAGGAUUGGUACAAGGAGUGCAAACUUUAAAGUUACAUUUUAUGGACCUCCUGAGGGAGCAAAGGGCAUGCGUGUCAAGGAACACAGAUUGAAUGGAUUCAUCAUGACAUGGGACUUCUUAAGAGUUGAUAUUGAUUACUACGAUAUCACUAUCACUAAAAUAGCAACAAAUAAAGUACAGACGUUCAAACUUGACGAUGCCGAAAAUUUUGAUCGACAGAUCUUAGAAUAUCAGUUUUACAACUUAGAACGAGGUACGGAAUAUGAUGUUCAAAUGAGAGCCACAAGCAAAGAAAAACAAGUUGGUGAAUGGAGCGAAAAAUUGAGAGUAAAAACAGUUACUGAAAUUGCUCCUGUGGUAACAGAACAGCCUGGUGACGCUAAUGUAGGUGAAGGACAGACAUACAAUAUGAGCUGUGUUGUAGAUGCAAGUCCUGCAGCUACUUUUAGAUGGUUUAAAAACGGGAUUGUUAUUUCACCCACAGAUAGCAGAUACACGAUAAUUGAUAAUAAACUUAUUAUCUUAAAUGCACUCCAUGGCGCAGAAAAUAGCGAAGCUAAAUAUAAAUGCGAAGCUUCCAACAACCUUGGAAAAGCUACUAGUGAAGAAGCACAACUCACCGUACAAUGGAUGGAGCAGAAUUUUCAAAUAGCUCCACGGAACAGAUUAUUCUAUCGAGGAACGUCCUUUAUAAGGAUUUCUGCUAGAGCUCCUAUUGGUUCAUCUCUACACGUGACAUGGAGACAAAAUGGCGUCCCUAUCAGACCUGAAACACAUCCAAAUUUUGCAGUUACUCAAUACAGGGGCCCUGCAAAUAACCUUCAUUAUGCAUUAGAUAUAAGGAACCUGGAUGAACGUGUUGAUGGCAAAUACACAGUUUCAGCUAGCAAUCUUGGUGGCAUUCGUUCUGUGGAAUUUCAUAUGAUUUUAGCCGUUGCUUAUAACUUAUUUCGCGAGCAAUUUUUUCAGGAAACCCGCCAGCAAUAA